CACCAGCGUAUUGUGGAAUUUACUGAAACAGAUCUAGCCCAAGAUCAGCCCCGUAUGCUGUUUUGUCUGGAUAUUUACACGUAGUGACUUCAGGUCUAAAUAAUCUUAUUUAGUUAAAAUUGGUGAGGACACUGGGUUUAUUGUCUUGAAGUUGUCUGGGGCAAGUUUGACGCCUUUGCUUCACUUCCGUGAUAUAAGACGCGGAGAGAAACAACAACACAAGAAGACAAGAGAAGUUGCUCUUAUGAGGCCCUGGUCGCGGUGAGGCAUGCCUGGCCAAAGCAUGGGCCCCAAUCACAAGUCCCAGGCCCAGCCCCAGUCCCAACCCCACCACCAUGCGUCCUCCUCGUCCCGGGCCAGGGCUGACGACUUCCGGCACGGCCGCAGCUACUCCCGGGACAGCGCCAACAGCCAGGACUCCGGGCGCGGCGACCACCAGCACCCCAAUAACAACAACCACACCUACAGCAGCAACCAUCACAACCACAACCACACCCAUAAUCACACUCACAGCCACAACCACCACCACAACCACCACCACCGCAGCCACAGCGAGUCCCGCAACAACAAGAGCCACUCGCGCCACACCAACGGACGCGGCUCCGAAACGCUGGGCUUCAUCCCGGGCUCUGCGGACGCGGCGCAGGGCUCGGGCGCCCCGGCGGCGUGCGGCUCCUGCGCCUCUAUUGGCUGGAGCGGCUGUAAGGCUCUCAUCUGCUGCAUCCUCACCUGUGGCUUCUACGGCACGCGCGAGCCCUGCUUACCCGUCCAGAACGAGAGCUCCACCGACAACCCUGCUGCCAAGGAAACCGCCAGCGUCCCCAACAACAAUGGCAAGUCCGUGGAGUUCCUGGAGAGCUCCAUCGGUGCACCUGCCCGGUACCAGGUGAGCGGUGUGGGCAUGGGCAUGGGCAUGGGCAACGGCGUGGGUAUGGCCGUCAGCAACCCCACCUGCGGCAUCCCCCUGGAGCCCCGCAAGCAGCCCGAGCUGCCCAAUUCGGAUAGCUUCCGCUACAAGGACGUGCACAUCGGGGGCAAGAAGGUGGUGUACCACCCGGGCCCCACCAACGCCAACGCGCACAACACCAGGCGGCCCUACGCGUCUGGGAAGACAGCUGGCGGUGUCGGCGGAGGUAGCUCAAAGGAGCGCCCGGUCAGCAUCUACUCCCGCGAGGAUCUCGAUCUGGACGACAUCGACGACGGCAGCGGCACCGACAUCGACUCGCUCAUCACCAAGAAGCUGCUGGAGCUCUACAAGCUGCAUCAGAUCGAGCAGCUGGCCAAGUGCACCUCGGACUCCUCCUUCUCGCGCAAGACCAACGAGAUCAGCGACCUCAUCUACAGCAUCGCCCAGGACUAUAAUCUGGAGGAGCAGGAGGCCGAGUGCAGACUGGUCCACGGCGUCAUCCGCAUCAGCACGCGCAAGGGUCGCAACCACAAAACCUCGUACGCGGGCAGGAUCAACAAGGAGAAGGAGUACUACAACAACAAGGACUACAACAACCACAAAGACUACAGCUCCCAAGAUGCACUGCUGCUGCAGCACAACGGCCGGCGGGAUGGAACGCUGCCGGACAGUGGCCACGAAACCAUGACCCUCACUAGCAGCUUCGAGCCGGAAGUGAAAGUGUCAGAGCUGACGCGGUCAGAUGAACUGGCGCGGAAAAUGAGGCUUCACAGCGGGCGGACCUACUCAUCCAGUUCGGCGACAGUCUACUCCCCCACCUCCAACGACACAGACUUUUCAGGGGAGCCCCUUCUACACUUCCGCUGAGAGAGAGAGAGAGAGCGACAGACAGACACCCACGUCUCCCCCGACCCC